AUGAGCACUAUUACUCAUGUCACCUCGGUCUCAGACCUCAAUAACCGUCUUUCAAAGUCGUCGUCGAAACUAACCGUCAUCGACUUCUGGGCAACUUGGUGUGGCCCAUGCCAUGCUAUCGCUCCCACUUUCGAGAGCCUGUCUAAGCGGCCGGAAUAUAAGAAUGUCAACUUCUUCAAGGUCGAUACAGAUGCGGCCAAAGACGUGGCUGAGCUCUACAGAAUAUCGGCAAUGCCAACAUUUGUCUUUCUUAAAGGCUCCACGAAGGUCGACCAAGUCCGGGGAGCUGAUAGGAUGGGAUUGGAGUCCACACUAAGACGCCAUGCUGGCGGAAGCGAGGCGGCGGCGUCGGGUAGUUUCACAGGGAAGGGGCAAACGCUGGGAGGGGGCUCAACUGCACCAACGGACAUCUCACAUUCCGCUACGGCAGCGCUCAAUAAUACGACUGCCCAAUUUUCCAACCUCGACCCUCAGGUUCAAAUACUCCUUAUGCUUAUUGGAGCUUAUGCCGUCUUCUGGUACUUGAGUUAG